CAACAACGAACAAACGAAUGAACGAAUGGCAGCAGCAAAAACAGAAGCGGCGCAACUGGCAAAGAUGGAAGCAGGAGGAGAGGCGCCCCUUCCACCAGGGUGGAAGCAGCAAGUGACGCCGGAUGGACAGGUGUACUACUUCAACACCAAGACACGCGAAAGCUCGUACACGCGCCCAACAGCCCAGCCGCAUCAAGCCCCCAUAGCAACGCCUACCGCUCCAGCUCCUGCUGCUGCUGCAUCCAAGAAAGCGGUUGCUCGCAAGCGCAUUGGCAAGACAAAGUGGUUCGUCGUUCGCGCCAGCGAUAACUCCCUGUUCUACUUCAACAAGGCGACGAAGAAGUCUGCGUACACACUUCCAGAUGAGCUGAAGGCAGAGGCCAUUCCACAGCUCGAGGAGGUUGCUGUUGCAGAGGAGCCUGCAGCAAAGAAAGCAAAGCAGGACGAUGGGCACACGGGACUGCUGCCAAACCCAGCGCUCCUGCCCACUGGGCCGAGCACUCAACAACCGCACCAGCUCGCAACACCACAACAGGCACCCCCGCCACCACCACCACCGCACAUGAUGCAGCACAUGCCACCACGCCCACCCAUGCCUCCACCACCACACCUCCAACAGCAGCAGCAAAUGCAGCAGCAAAUGCAGCAGCACAUGCAGCAGCAGCCAAACCUGCCACCCCGGCCCCCAAUGCCACCAGCACCACCACCACCACCGCAUGGCGCCCCGCCGCCGUAUCAGCCAGGAUGGCGACCAGGUGCACCGCCACACGCACGACCACCACCACCACCGCACCAUCAUCACCACCACCACCAUCACCGUCCGCCUCCUCCACAUCACCGCCCACCGUACCCGCCGCACCCGCACGCGUUCCGGCCACCACCCCACCUUCACUACCACCACCACCACCACCAGCAGCAGCAGCCUGCGAAGCCAAAGGGCCCUUCCCUUGCUGACAAACAGAAUGAGUUCAAGAAGGUGCUGGCGGCGCGAAACGUGUCUGCGUUUGCGCUGUGGGACACAAUCCGCAUGGAGGUUGAGGAUGAGCCAUCCUUCAAGGCGCUCACAGAGAAGCAGGCAAAGUCCGCCUUCAACAAGUAUCAAAGCAGCAAGUUGGAGGAGGAGAAGUCAGCCGUCAUGUCGAAAGCAGCAGAGACGAAGAAAGCGUUCCGAGAGCUGAUGGAGGAAGCAAACGUGGACGAGAAGACAACGUGGAUCUCGUUCAAGACCAGGUGGCAAGAAGAUUCACGCUUCAAGGCAAUUGGCAAGGAGAAGGAACGGGAGGCUGCGUUUCGGGAAUACGUGGAGGAAUUGCAUGAGAAGGACCGAACAAAGGCAAAACAGCGCGAAACCAACAAGAAGGCGGCCUUUGCUGCAUACGAGGAUCUUCGCGUCACCCGCCGCGAUUCGUUCCGCGCCCUCAGGCGGCGAAUCCGUGAAGACGAGCGUUGCAAAGACAUUGACGAGGCAGACUUGGAGGCAUGGUUCUGGGAGUAUCAGGACAAGCUCGGCAGCGGCGGAGUUUCCGCAAUUCAGCAACGCGAGGCGGCUGUUGCAGAGGAACGGCGCCGGCUUGAGCGCGACAUGCAGCGCGCAUCCCGCAACUUGCAGCGUGGUGAAGGACGUGAUACGUUCAACACGCUCCUGGCGAACAAGAUCCGCUCACAUCAGGUGUCGUGGGAGGAUGCUGUACCGGCGAUGGAGGGCGACCCACUGUGGUCAAUGGUACACCUCUCAGACGCCGACAAGCAGCAGCUGUUCCACGAGCACCAGGCUGCGCUGCGUGCACGUGCGCGGGCCGGGUAUGCUGCUGCGCUGGACACGGUGCUUGAGAAGUAUGGAGACGACAUCACGUUUGAAGACGUGCCCCCCAUCAUCGAGGGCGAUCCGCGCGUCACCAACUUCUCCUCCUCGCACGAGGAGCUUGAGACCGAAUUCAACAGGUACGUCAUCGAGCGGAAGGAGCGGCUCGUUGAGGACUUCAAGGCCCUUCUCAGGGAAACAAAGUGCAUCACGCACAAGUCCUGGGAGAAGGUAAAGGAGCACAUGGUGGACAGCCCCCACAUGAAGGAGAUCCAAGACUACCUCGAGCACGACAAGCGGUAUCACCUGCUGGAGAACGACCCAACCACGCGCGCCCAGCUCCUCGUCGACUACAUGCAAGAGCUGCAGCGUCGGGGAACGCCGCCGCCGCCAACGGCGAGCAACCCGAACGAGGAGCAGAGGCCAGACGUGACUGCGCUGUAGCCAAGAUCCACUGUGAUGAUGUGCAUGACAUGUGUGCGUGGCAUGUGUGUGGUGUGGCAUGGUGUGAGCAAACAAACUCUUCAAGAACAAAGCCAAUCACCACC